AGGCUGACAGAAGUGGAUUAAUGAAUUCCGGCUUGAAUCAAGUAGUCAGUCGUUGUCCACUAUCCCCGCCUUGUUGUCCUGCAAAGACACUAUGAGGGACCGACGUGUUCAAACACUCUCGACAAAGCCUAGUGUCAGGCUCGACCUGAGCCUCUACGAUGCAUCCCUUCUGAGGGACGAGAUUGCCGUUGGCGUCGCGAUCAGCGACCUUGAAGGCAAUCUCGUAGAUACAGACAGUGUCAAUAGCAUCGUAGAAGAUUUGGCCUCCGUACCUCACCUCUUGGAAUUCGCCUUGUCCGUCGUUGACGACGAGGCUGCUCGCAAGCUGAGCGAGUGCAUUCUUGCCUCCUUUCCUGCAGAUGCAAAGUCUUUCGCGACAUCGCUUGCCGGUCGUCUAAUUGAACGAUUCUCUCUGUUUCUCGUCUUCUUGCGGUACCCAUCGCCCUCAGCCGAGCCCGAGGAUAUACGUGACACCCGUCACUCCGUCGAGCGUGCGAAACGCGUACUAGAGGUGCUCGCUGGCCUCCCGUUAGGCUAUGCUACCGCCGAGGACCCGGGGCUGGCCGGACGCUCGUCAUCGGGAUUGGUCAAGCAGAAGGGGAAGGGGAAGAAGCAGCCUCGAACACCCUCGUCGAGCGUCAAGGUUGACCUGAAACUGCUCAAUGAGCUCGAUAUCAAGAUCCCGUCGGAUCGCGAUGAAGCUCUAGCGGUUGUAGCGAGCAUCAUGUUCUCUCAGAAGCGCAUACUACAGAAUUAUAUGCAAAUCAUCCGGUACCCACACUUAACGGACACAAUCAAGGGGACAUAUAUCACGCGUGACGUUUCAGCAUCAACAGCAUCGCAACGUGUUGAAGGAAGCACUGGGACGGAGGAGACCGCCUCCGCAUAUCCUUUCGUCCAGCCUUUGAAAGCCGCUCUAUAUUUCGACAGCGCCAAAGGUUUUGGAGAAUGGACGGUCUUGAUUUCUACAAGUGCCCACGCAGAUCUGCGACAAAUGCGGAAGAAGUCUUUAGACCUCUUCAACAUCACUGUAAAGAAAAUCAGGGAACUAUCGAAUGGGCACUUCUCUCCGGACAAUCAUAAACAAUUGACGGUCAAUGCGGACAUCCCGAUUUUUGAGGCGAAGAUGACGGGCGAUUCUCGCUUAGUCUACCAGAUCGACUGUGUUCCCGAAUUCGAGACCAAUGUGAAGCGACAAGCUAUCAGGAUCUUCGGCAUCUACACGCAUGCUCAAAUUGAUAGACGACACUGGGAUACGCUCGGCAACCAGCUAGGGCGACAGGGCAAGGAGUAUCAAGCACGAUGCAUUUUUCGCAAUCGGCCGACGCAAGUUCGAGGCCACGCGCGUACCAUUCUGCCUGCGUCAUGGCCCGCUCAAGUAGAGGUUGAAGCUGCCGCGUCGCAGUCAAGUCUCCCUGAUUUGCACAAGGAUGACCUCAAGAAGGUGCACGAGAUGCUCGUCCUCCAGAAAUAUGUUUCAUUUUCCCAAGCACUACUGAACAGUAUCCUGGCUGAUCAAGAGGCCACGCACGUCUUCCAAGUCUCGUCUCAAGAGAUGGAGAUAAUUGAACACACUCGGUCUUGCUAUGUGCUCGGUAGGAGCGGUACUGGCAAGACGACUACGAUGCUGUACAAGAUGCUAGGGAUAGAACACAGCUGGCGGUCGUGCGACGGCGCAUUGGGUCGGCCUCGCCAACUCUUUGUCACGCAAUCAAGGGUACUUGCAGAGAAAGUGCAAGAACAUUUUAUGAGCCUGCAUAGCUCACUUUUAACUGCCAAUAAGUCAGCCGACGAGCUGCGGGCCAUGGCUUCCAUCAGGCAGACACAGCAAGACCAAGGACUCGUUGACUUAGACGAGGAAAUGGACUUCAGGGGUGAUUUGCCUCGACGAUAUAGCGAACUGACGGAAGAACACUUCCCGAUGUUUGUUACAUUUGAUCAACUUUGUCGUUUGCUAGAGGCUGACUUCCCGCACUCAUCUUCGUUGCAGCCUGGAUCUCUACUCCAAGAUGCAGAUCGCACGACUGCGGAUACGGUAGCUGAGAUCCUGUCAAAUGACUAUAUGCAGCAGCAACGCAAGUCGUUCGUUUCAUACGGCGAAUUUUUGAAGUCAUACUGGGCACAUUUCCCUCAGCCGCUGACUAAAGGUCUAGACCCUGCGUUGGUGUUUGCGGAGAUCAUGGGCGUCAUCAAGGGCUCGGAGCAGAGCUGGGAAUGCGAAGAUGGUUAUCUGGACAGAGUGUCAUACUACAAUCUCAGCCGUCGAACACAAGCGACAUUUGGGAACCAGCGAGAAGUAAUCUACGAUCUGUUCCAUGCAUAUUUGAAGCACAAGCGCCGUCGAGGUGAAUAUGACGCAGCGGACCGGACGCGUCGUCUAUUGAAGGCCUUAGAGUCAUAUGGCUUGCCCGGUAAACAUGUCGACUUUCUAUACAUAGAUGAAGCGCAAGACAACAUGUUGAUCGAUGCUCUCCUCCUACGCUCUUUGAGCCACAAUGCAGAUAGUGGUUUGUUCUGGGCGGGGGACACGGCACAAACCAUCUCGAUGGGUAGUGCUUUCCGCUUCAAUGAUCUCAAGGCUUUCCUGCAUCGUGUGGAGCUGAGUGGUGGACAUCUGCGUUCUGCUUCUGGGACUCAGCCUGAGCCUCGCACAUUCAACUUGGCUGUCAACUACAGAUCUCACGCGGGCAUCGUCAAUUGCGCCCAUUCAAUUGUCGAGUUGAUCACUGAAUUUUGGCCCAAUGCUAUCGACCGGUUGGCUCCAGAGCGCGGUACAGUAGACGGAGAGAAGCCAGUGUUUCUCAGCGGAUGGGAUGAGGACACUGUUCGUUACGAACAAUUCCUGUUCGGUGAUUCCGGGGGCCAUAUAGAGUUCGGAGCGGAACAAUGUAUCCUAGUCCGUGAUGAUGCCGCUCGAAAAAGACUUCGUGCGCAAGUGGGUGAUAUUGGCCUCAUACUGACAUUGUACGAAAGCAAGGGGCUCGAAUUCAACGACGUUUUGCUCUACAAUUUCUUCGCGGACUCCACUGUCGAGCACUCCCAGUGGCGAGUCAUCCUCAAUGCACUUUCUAACUCGGACAAGGCGGUCGCAACAGUCAAAGCACCUGACUUUGAUGAAAAGCGCCACAAUGGGGUGUGUCGGGAUCUCAAAUUUCUGUACGUCGCAAUCACGAGGGCUCGUAAUCAUCUGUGGAUCGCGGACAACUCGAUAAAAUGCGAGCCGAUGCGGCACUUCUGGACAGCGAAUGGGCACAUACAAAAUCAUACACCGUCCGACUCUGACAUCCCCCGACUGGCAACAACAUCAACAUCGGAAGAAUGGGCAAAGACCGCCUUCGCACUCUUCAGCAACAGGCGAUACUCACAAGCAAUGCAUUGUUAUGAGCGUGCCAAGCUCGUCAGAGAAUGUGCAGUCGCCGAGGCUUACUACCUUGAGGAGAAAGCCCGCGCGGCCCAUGCGAACACGCGAGCUGGAAACUCUGCUCGAGUACUGGCUUUUACGAAGGCAGCUGAUGCCUUUUGGAGGUCGGGGCUUGAUGCUGUGAAAGAAAAGCAGACAUACUUCCGAAAAUCCGCGGAAUGCUACAUUCAAGGCAACGAUCUGGCAAGAGCGGCACGCGCUUACAUCCUUGCGGAGAAGUACACCCUAGCCGCACAACUCUAUCGCAAAGCCGGAUUGUUCGAUGACGCGGUCGCGGUCAUCAAGAGUCACAGCGACUCCAUCGAGCCCGAGGUGUUACGGAUUAUCACAGAUGUAUCGCGUCUCGAGUAUCUCAGGAAGCGCAACAUGAAACAGGCAAGAUCUUUGUUUGAUUCGGACGAAGAUGCUCUCAACUAUAUGGAUAAACGUGGACUGGAUAUCGCUAGGGCGAUGCUCCUGGAGCAACUCGGGCGUUUGACGGAUGCUGCCCAGGUACACUUGGAUGAGGGUCGGAUGGCAGACGCUAUCCCGUUGCUUCUCCAGGACCGCGGCAACCCAGAAGCCGCGAGGAGGGCCGCGUUUUCUUUGCUCGAAGGACUGCGGUGCCGGUUAUCCUUUGGAGUCAUCCCGGGCUCGGAAAUCGCACAAUCGGACACUGUGUUACAGGAACUACGUCGCAUCCUCAAUUCUCAAGGCGUAAACAUAGUUGAUGUCGACGACACCGUCCGCGACGAACUGCUCAUGUUCAAGGCGAUCAUAUCAAAUGACGUAUCGAAGCUUCUCAAGUUGAGCGAGCAAUUCCGUCAACGCCAUAAUGAUAUGGCUUCUGCCUUGAGAUGUCUUGACAACGCCUUCAUUGCUAUGCCUAAUCUUCGAGGUGCACCCCUACCAUUCAUUGCGGACACCCUACGACACUUCUCCGUAUAUGUGAACCUGCUGCACGCCUUUGCGUCGACCCCGAAUCUCUCUGAUAACGAAGGCAUUCAAAGGCUCUUUGCAUUCAAGGCUGCCAGCGAGGACUUCUUUCUCAUACCAGAUAACACCUUCCUCUAUGCUGGCUGUGUUCGUCGAUGGUCUCAAGGAUUCCGAGGGAGCGAUCAGGGAGUAUUGAUACUGAAACAUGAACUGAACAGGCUCUUGCGACACAGCCUGCAAGAACGGUUGUGCGGCAAGGUUCGCGAAGAAAAUGAAUUGUGCCACCGAACGCGCGCUUUCCAAGUCUGCCUGCCGUUCUUCGCGUUUGGUAGAUGUAACCGGGAGUGUCUUCAAGAGCACGUGGUCGCGAACGAGUACACCAUGGAUCAGUACAACCUGCGCAUCCGGGUCAUUUUACAGCAGAUUUUGAUCUACAACUCCGCACAUGCUGUCGAGGACCGUUUUGUACAAGCGCGGCAACACAGAUUUUGGCUACGUCAACUGCAUGAAGCACUGAACCCUCCUUUCUUCAAACUGGGGACGGUAUGCAGCUUGCGGCCGCUCAUGAUACCAGAGUACAAGGCCGCUAUGCAGGCCGUCAGGAAAUGGGUCCUUGACUGGCUCUACGACCUUUGGCCACACGGCAGCCGUGAUGAUCUCCUGCCGACUUUCCUUACCGCAUUGAUGAGGACCAUCUCACUCGGACUGACCGUCGAUUCUGGCGCAUUGCAUAAUCACCUUCCUCAGGUUCGAUCUGUUGUUACCUGCAGACCCAAACCGUUAUUGCGCGGUCAGGAUGGCACGGCAUCAGAAGUAUACAUCGUCCAGGAUCUCGAUCGCUUUGUCUUCAACGUACAUCCAGCUUCACUUGCAAGCGGCAUUUUGUAUGUGAACCAUAUCCUUGUGAAACGACUGUCCAUCGACAUUGUCGUGCUCUGCGAGUUUAUGGACAACCUCGCUAGUCUGCUCAUAGUAGCCUCUCAAUUAAACGACGCAAAUACACUUCACGAUCUCACAAUGCCUCGAAGCUGGCUCCAACGAGUUCUGCCCAGUUUACAUCAACUACAGAACAAAAGCACAGACCACAUCUGCUUGUAUAUCGAGCCCGUGGCCGCCCUGCUGGAGCAAAUCUAUACUUCUGUCAAUGCCGGGUACCUCCUUUUUGAGAGCAGCGACCUGUCGAAACUCGGUUGGCACGUGAGAAAUGUCUUCUUGGCGAGAAUUUGCAGGAACCUCUGCCUUGUCGGAUACAACUCCCGCUACCGGUGGCUGAGAGACAAGGUCCACAGCACAAUCACGUCGCUCUAUCGUCCCGAUCGGGAGUUCAACAGUGUGUACCGGCACUACGUCUGCGCGGAAGACUGGGCCGCUCUUGCCAAGGAGGUCCGCGGGUAUUCUACCACACGCUCUCCGUUCGACGAGAUGGUUCAGCUCUAUCACGCGAGAAGGGGGCAGUCUCGACUCCCACCACGACGGAACGUUCGACGCAUCAUCUACAACGAUGUGAGUGAGAUCCCGGCCCUACUCGCAUCGGGCGCGAACACCACAUCCCAACCAAGGAUCGGCUUGAGCGGAAACGCUGUGACCUUCGUCCCCCAGCAGACGCACAUGUCCUCCGAGCUCCAGGUAGACGAUUCUCCUGCCAUAGUAGAAGUGGAGGAGGAUGAGUACGAGGUCGACGAGGCUGGCAACGAAGAGGACGUCGAUGCUGUACCUCCCGUUGUCAAUCUCAACGACGAGUCGCUGGCUUUCGGGGCACCAGACCCCGUUGCCGCGCAGUUGGCCCAGGAAAAGCUCGACGCAGCCCGAGUGCUCGCCCACGUCUAUCUCCGUACACGACGCAGGAAAAAGGUCACUUUCGCGACACCGGCCGCUGCGAUCCACUUCCGCUUCGCCAACGCAUACCGCGCAAUGUACACCUACAACUGGGUCGAGUCAUUGGAGACGCCGCAGAAGCGAUACCGCUUGUUGUUGCUGGUGCCGCUGCCGUACGGCAUGGCAUUCCUAGAGCUUGCGCGCAACUACUUGAACGAGACGGAGACCCGUUUGCAGAAGAGUCUCGCCACCAUCGAACACUGGAAGCUCGAGAAGGUCAGCAUCGAGAUGGAGCAAUGCGAAAAGCGCCUCGAAGAGACCAUACGUCUGAUUGAGGCUCUCGAGCCCAGCGCCAGCAUGCACGAGAAGCGAGACGGGGAGGAGCUCAGAGCGCGUAUACGUGAAGUCGAGCAGCUCGCAGGGAGUCUGCCGCCAAGCGUGACUGCCGAGUGGAACUUCUACCUGAAGACCGCGGUCGAUGGUAUCCUCAAGCAGAAGCCGCGGCCCACGAAGAAGCCCAAGCCGGAGUUGAACAUGGCCGACGACGACAUGGUGGACUACGCGGACGCAUGGUACGAUGAGUACAACGACGCGGGGGAGAUCCCAGCCGCUCUGCUGGUCUCUGGCGCGGACACAGCUCCAUUUCCCACUCUCGGCCUGCAUGGGGAUGCCGCGCCUUUUGCUGCUCAACGUGCAGACGGGCCCUCUAGGGCGGUCGAUUCUCUUGCCGCUGCCGUCGAUCUGGUGGAAGACGAGCAUCACGACAACCUACCAGAGGCAAACGGACGUCAAGGCUCUGACACUACGCCCCCCGUAGUCAAUCUCGAUGACCAGUCGCUGGCUUUCCCAGCACCGGACCCUGCUGACGCACAGCUAGCACAGGAGAAGCUCGAUGCAGCCCGAGUGCUCGCUGACGCCUAUCUCCGUGCACGCCUCAGGAAAAAGAAUGCGUUCACGACACCGGCCACUGCGAUUCACCUCCGCUUCGCCAAUGCCUACCGCGCGACGUACACGUACAAGUGGGUCGAGUCAAUGGAGAAGCCGCAGCGGCUGUACCGUCUGUUGCUGCUGGUACCGCUGCCGUAUAGCAUGGUCUUCUUAGAGCUUGCGCGCAACCACCUGCGCGACACGAAGAACCGCUUGAGAAGACUUCUCGUGAACGUUGACUAUUCGGGGCUCGAGAAGGUCAGCGGCGAUAUAACGCAAUGCAACGACCAGCUCAAGGAAGCUAUACGUCUGAUUAAAGCCCUACAACCUGGCGCCAGCAUGCACGAGAGACGAGACGGAGAAGAGCUCAGGGCCUGUAUGCGUGAAGUGGAGCAGCUCGCGCGGAGUCUGCCGUCGAACGUGACUGCCGGGUGGGACUUCUACCUGAAGACCGCCGUCGAUGGUAUACUCAAACAGAAGCCGCAGCCCAUGAAGAAGCCCAAGCCUGAGCUGAACAUGGCCGACGAGAACAUGGUGGACCACGCGGACAUCGCAUGGUCGGACGAUGAGUGACGUCCUGCCUUCGCUGGUCUCAGUCAGCGUGAGGGAUGUGUGAUCUUGGAGCCUCGUCGUUUACCCUGUGGCAGCCUUCUUACUGCCAGUGAGCACGUCAAUGCGCAAAUGACCCCUCGACAUGAUUGAUGUUUACGACAGAUUGAAUAUUCUCACCCAGCUCAUUAUCGCAGAUCUGUAUUAUACGAUUGAUGUACUUACAACAAUCGGAAUCGUAUGACUAUGUGCCUGUUAUCUUUCCGGGCUUCCUGAUGCGAUUAGUUUGCGAUUAGUACCCCCUCGCCGGCAGUCGUCGUAAAGGACAUCGUCUCCCUUUGCCAGCACAUGAUCUGCACGUU